GUUGCGGUGGCCCAGGCGGGGCGGCGGCCGCUGCUCCUCUGCCUGCUGUUUGUGUGACUCCGUGGCCGGAGGGGGAGAGCCGCCCCCUCCGUCCCGCUUCCCACUCCGCUGCCUCCGCUCCCCCGGCUCGGGCUGUUUGUGUGGGAGACACCCCCCUCCUUCGUUCCCUCCCUCCGUCCGCCUCCUCCCCUCUCCCCAGAGCCGGAGGAGGCCGGAGCGGGCGCGGUGCGGCUGCUGCUGUGUCUCUGGGGCUCUCUCGGCCCGGCCCGGCCGCGCCGCUGCUACGGACAGAGGAAUCCCCCCAGCGGGAAGGCGGCGCAACCAUGAGCGGCGGGGAGGUGGUUUGCUCGGGCUGGCUCCGAAAGUCCCCGCCGGAGAAGAAGUUGAAGCGAUACGCAUGGAAGAGGAGGUGGUUUGUGCUUCGCAGUGGCCGUCUAACAGGAGAUCCGGAUGUGUUGGAAUACUACAAAAAUGACCAUGCCAAAAAACCUAUUCGUAUUAUUGACUUAAACUUGUGUCAACAAGUGGAUGCGGGAUUGACAUUUAACAAAAAAGAGUUCGAAAACAGUUAUAUUUUUGAUAUCAACACUAUCGACAGAGUUUUCUACUUGGUGGCAGAUAGCGAGGAGGAGAUGAAUAAGUGGGUUCGCUGUAUUUGCGACAUCUGUGGGUUCAACCCUACAGAAGAAGAUGCUGUGAAGCCACUUGGCAGUUCUUUACAAGCAUCUGCUGAAUUACCGUUAGCAGUUAACACUUCACCACCAUCUGUACAAGCAGAAUCAUCCCUACCUCCUCCAUAUCAACUAAUUAACAUCCCACCUCUGGAGUCCUCAUCUAGCCAAGAAGAUCCUCAGGAUUACCUAUUGCUAAUAAAUUGUCAAAGCAAGAAGCCUGAACCUACAAGCCCAGGGUCAUCCUUUAUCUCUGAAGAAGGGAAAGAAUAUCUACUACUGGAGGAUUUUGAAAGUAAAAAGAUUCCACUGCAAUUGCAUGCUGACUCAGCAAAGUCCAUCUCUUCUGAAACAGACUGCAAUGAUAAUGUACCCUCCCAUAAAAAUUCUGCUCCAUCAUUGAGCAAGCAUGCAGUGAACGGCUUUUUUCAGCAACAAAGUACCUAUGACUCUCCGCCACCUCGAGCAGCAUCAGUAUCUAUAGACUGCAGCCUGUAUAACCUGCCUAGGAGUUAUUCACAGGAUGUUUUACCAAAGGCAACAUCUCCAUCUGGGACUGAUGCAGAAGGAGAGCAGCAUGUUUUCAAUACUCCCUCUGCUACAUCUUCAUUAGAUACACAAAUGAGGCAUUUCUCCAUUAGUUAUGAUAUUCCCCCAACACCUGGAGGUACUUAUCAGAUUCCACGAACUUUUCCAGAAGGAACUUCGAAGCUAGAGACUAUUCCAGAUAUUCCUCCACCUCGGCCACCAAAACCACAUCACGCUUCAGAUCGAUCUCCCGUGGAAACCUGUUGCAUUACUCGUACUGCCUCAGACACUGACAGUAGUUAUUGCAUCCCUACAGCAGGAUUGCCACCAUCACGCAGUAAUACCAUUUCCACUGUAGAUUUGAAUAUAUUUCGUAAAGAUAUUAGUUCUCAAGACUGCUAUGAUAUUCCACGAUCAUUUCCAAAUGACAGAGCUAGCUCACUGGAAGGCUUUAAAAACAGAAGCAUGUUCACAGUGGGAAGUGUUUCAAGUGAAGAACUGGAUGAAAACUAUGUCCCAAUGAAUCCUAACUCUCCACCACGGCAGCAUUCCAGCAGCUUUACUGAACCCAUCCAAGAAACAAACUAUGUACCUAUGACACCGGGCACAUUUGAUUUUUCGUUAUUUGGAAUGCAAGUCCCUCCACCCGCCCACAUGGGUUUCAGGUCCAGUCCAAAGACCCCUCCCAGAAGGCCAGUACCUGUUGCAGAAUGUGAACCACCACCAGUGGAUCGGAACCUCAAACCUGACAGAAAAGGUCAAAGUCCUAAAAUUUUAAGACCUAAACCACAUGGUUUAGAGCGAACUGAUUCACAAACCAUAGGUGACUUUGCUACAAGAAGAAAGGCAAAACCAGCUCCACUAGAAAUAAAACCUCUGCCAGAAUGGGAAGAAUUGCAAGCCCCAGUUAGAUCUCCUAUCACUCGAAGUUUUGCACGAGACUCCUCCAGGUUUCCUAUGUCUCCCAGACCGGAUUCAGUUCAUAGCACAACUUCCAGCAGUGACUCGCACGACAGUGAAGAGAAUUAUGUACCCAUGAAUCCAAAUCAGUCCACUGAAGACUCAAUUUUGUUCGGCAGCAACAGUCUUGAUGGAGGAAGUAGCCCUAGGGUAAAACCAAAAGGAGAUAAACAAGUAGAAUACUUAGAUCUGGAUCUAGAUUCUGGGAAAUCUACUCCACCUCGUAAGAAAAAAAGCAGUGGUUCAGGGAGCAGUGUGGCAGAUGAAAGAGUGGAUUAUGUUGUGGUUGACCAACAGAAAACACUAGCACUGAAGAGCACACGAGAAGCAUGGACUGAUGGGAGGCAGUCUACAGAAUCUGAAACCCCAACUAAAAGUGUAAAAUGAAAAUUCUACUAUUCCUCAAAGAACAAAAGAAGUAUCAUUUAUCACAAUGAAUUUUGAUGAAAUACAGAACCAUAACUGCCAUGUUGCUUGACUGAACAGUACUUGGCAAUUCACUGGUGUGUAGCUUCCAGAAUGAAUAGAUGGAAGUCAAAGAACACUUAAAAUUUAUCAAAUAAAUCUAAGUCAGAGGACGUUUUAAAUACAUCAAAGAAAUCUUAAGAUCCUAAAUUAUCUCUGGAUAAUUCAUCAAAUGUAAAUAAUAUGUAAAAAUAGUAUUGCUUGGCUCCCACAAAACCUUUUGUUGUUCAUUUAACAUAUUUGUAGUAUUACUAUGUUUAUGCACUUUUUCAGUUAAAAUGUUGGUUCAGGUAUUCCCACUUAAUGAAUUUUAAUGAUGAAUUCAUUUUGAGAAUUUUUUCUUACACUACUAUACAUUACAAUUCUAGGUUAAUUAAGCUACAUGUAGAUAUGGAAAUUAAUGUUUGAACUUCAUGUUAACAACUUAGAAAUGAUUUAGUAGAAGUAGUGUCACAAUUUAAUAAUCUACUUGAAAUGUCAAGAAAUAAAUGUUAGUUACAUACUGUUUUUAUAUUUAAUACAUGUAAAGAAUAUUUGGAAGUCUACAGGUUACCUUCCUAACAAAAAUUGCUGUGAUUUAAUAAUAAUGAACUAUAUUGGUUUUAGGAUCUAGCAACAUGGCUUAAACAUUAGUUAUUAGUGGUGGAAUGUCUAAUGUAUUUUAUUAAUGACAGUGUUCUGUGUUCAUUGGGUGAAGAUUCUGCAGGGUGGGAUCUUACACUUUUAAAGACUGAAUAAUUAAUUGUUGAGUAAACCUGCAAACCACUGAUGGCAUGCAGUAAUGUUGUGAUCUCACACUUUUUAACAAGUAGUAACCUUGAUGAUAUCUACAGAAGGUAGAAUAUAUAAAUAAUCAGGUACGUACCAAGCACUGUUGUGCUAAUACACUGAUCAGGUUUAGACAAUAAACUUAGUUUUAUAUUUCUUAGAAGUCCUAAUGUUGGUUUUCAAUUUGAAAUGAAUGGGACAGUUUGACAUUCUCUGUUUGUAGUACUAGCACGAUACUGUGAUUUUGAAUUAGAUAGUAAUUCAAAUGGAAAUACUAUGUUUUGACACUAUAGUGCCCUUUCUACAAUCUUUAUUUUAAUUAAUCUUCUGCUUUGCCUUAUAUUUAGAUCCCUAUGCAACUGAUAUUUUAUAUCUAUUUUUUAUAAAAUAGAUACUAUAACUAACUCAUCACCUUGUUGCUUUUUCCUGGUACAGGAUUUAAAGCUUUGUGUACUGUGAUCCUUUUUGUUCACUAUCCCAGUUCCAAAUAAUACUCUACCUUGGUUUAGAACCAUAAUUUAGCUGUCAGGAAGAAAAUAGAUCUUCUUCAAGUACAUAAAUGACUUAAAUUUAUUAAUUAUGUCUGGAUUGAAAAUUUACUAACACUUUUUUUUACACAGAUACCUUUAAAUAAACAAUCUCUUUUUGUCCAGACCUUUUAAAUGCUGAAUGAAUGUGUUAGUCUUGUUUUCUGUCAUACUGGCCUUAGUACUGUGCCUACUCUACCUUAGGUUUUUUUCCAAUCUACAGUAUGUAAACUGUUUUAACAAGGGUUCUUUUUAAAUUAGUAAUAUUUUGAUGCUUUGAAUGUUCUUUUUUAACAAAAAAAAAAACUAAAUACAAUGCAUUUUGAGGUGAAUUUUAAAUAAAUUAAAUUGUUCAAUUUUGAUGUGUAAACUCUGUCCAAUGGAACUAGAAAACAAUAAAAAUUAAGAUAUAUGGGGAAAGUGCCUAAAUUACCAAACACAGUUUUUUCUAUGAAGUUGCUAGAUUGUAGAUACAAUAAACAGUACUUCUAAAAAACUAAGCAUAAAAGUAUUUUCAAAAGCAAGUUGUUGAGAAAAAAAACCCAAACUGCAAAAUUGGACCAAAUUCCUGUCCUGUUGAAGCCAGUGGAAUUAUUGCCAUGGUCCUGAGUGAAACUAGGUAUGAGCUAAUUUAUGACUAUACUGUCUUCUUAAAAAAAAAAAAAGGGAGCAACUAUAUCAGGCUUCCACUCAUGCACAUCGCUUUCAAGGACUGAAGCGUUACUGUGCAUAAUUAUUCUUGCUGGUGAGCAAACUUUCCUUAUUUUCUUCACCCGUACUGCAAUUGAAGCAUCUAUAAGCAAAGCAUGUGUUUGGUACUCCAUGUAAUAUGGGGUAGUCUUAUUUAGGAUACUAAUUUCUUUAUACUAUUAAAGCAGAAAUGCUGGGGCCUGAUUUCCCUCUCGCACCAGUCCUUCAAGGACUUUAGAGGAGUUACUCCUGUUUUAAACUGAUCUUAGUGGGGAAUCAGACCUUUCAUUUAUUCUGAACAAUAAAUAUGGUACUUAUCAAAGGGCUACCAUAAGGGGGCUUGGGGCCAAAAUUGUACCCUCAUAUGGAAAUACACAUUGAGGAGGCCUCAAAACACUGGGUUGAAAUUCAGAGUUUUUUCUUUUAAUUCUCUCCACAGGUGGGAAAGUUUGUGGGUGGUGGGAGGGAUCACAGAGGUGUUUGUGAAGGAGAAUCUCUCAGUCCCCUGGAAGGGGAUGCUCCUCUGUCCCUCCUUCACUCCCUGACAGUGCAGCUCAGUCAGGAUUGUGCACUAUCAGUUUUUCAGUAUGGCAUUUUUAUCUCCAGUACUCUGCUUCUUAAUAAACAAGUAGCAAUCUGAAGAUUUCCUUGACACUUUCAACCGUUUUCAGUGCUUCAGGGCCAAUUUUUUUUUUUUUUAAAGCUGGGUUUCCUAAAUUUGCGCACCAAUAUCAAUAUAUAGGUACCUAAAAUGAAUGGUUUUUCAGAGGUUCUGAGCACUUGUGACUCCUUUUGAUCUCAGUGCUUAACUUUAGGUACCCAAGUUUGAAAAUUUUAGCCCUCUUUGACGAGACAAAAGGCAUAGUUUAUAGUGAAUGAUGUAUCUGGUGUGGACUUUUGUCCUCACUUGAGUUAUAGCUUCCAUUUUAUUAGACUUUUUAAUUCAAUAACAUCCAGAAUGUUAGUUUCAAUGAGCAAAAAUUUAGUAUUUUUGUUUUUGAGACUAUCAAACACCAGUUUCCAGACUCUACAGAUAGUGUGGACAUACUGCUUUUAAAAAUAAUGCUGUAGUGGUUUUCUUGACUGUUUUUGGAUUUUAAUAUAUUUUUCAUAUUCAUUUUUGGCAUUACAUUAUUGUCUGCUUGUAUUGCCACAAGGACAUUCAAAGAGAGGGUGGUAUUAAUACUGUAUAGUAUACCUCAUUUCCAAUAACAUAGCCUAAAGUAGAAUUGUAUGCCGCCUAUUUGUUGUCAUGCUCAUCUGUUCUGUUGCUAUGAUUCUGACAUUUUAAAAUGUGCUGAAUUCUAAAUUUAGAGGAAGCAGAGGCAAAGCUAGACUACUGGCCAGUUGUGAUUUUCGGUUAUUAACUUUAUGGAGGCAUCAGGUACUACAGUAAUGGGUGCUAUUAUGAGGACCUCAAUAGAUGUGAAUGCAAAAGGAGUUUGUCUUGGCGAUGUGUUAUGUUCUUUUCAAGGAACAGGUAAGCUAUAGAUUGCUUUGUUGGUAUAGUAUAUUGUGAAUUACUAGAUGGCUGCAUUGUUUGUCGCAUUAUUUACAAUGAACAGUGGUAAUUUAAGGCACAAGGCAAAAUCUAUAAAAUAAAGUAAAUGCCAUUUGAAUCUAAUCUGAGCAACUCAAAAAUGUUUUUCAGUUUCAAGGUAAAAGUUGUUUUCUUCUUAGCCAUUGAAAUUUGGCACAUCUCUAGCAAAUCUUCUCACAGUUUCCCCCUUUUUGAGAUGCUUCCUUGUAUGCUUUAGACAUUAAAUAGAAUUCUGCCUUGUUUUGGCAGUUUUUUUUAAAAAGUAUAUAUUGGUCUAUUACAGAAGAGAGAGAGACAAAUCAAAAGGAAAUUCGUGCAAACUAAAAACUCUGUAGUGCCUAGAGUAUUAAGAAAUGACUUGAAAAAUUCCUGUAUUUCAGUGUCACCAAAAGUCAUCAUGUCAACAGUUUCUUUUCUGUUAGGUACUAAUGACCACACUUUCACAAUCUAUUGCUUAUUAAGAGUGUUACCUCACAAGCUGUUGAAAUGUGCAAGCCACAAAAUGUAGUGUUCCUGCUAUGUGAAAGGCUUAUAAGGUGACACUGAUGGAAAAGGGUAGAGUGUAUUCAUUAUAUUCUAACUCACUGCAGAAAUUUAUUUUGCACAAAUGCUUUAAAUUUAGCUUUUUAAAAAAAUAUUCUGUCCACUUAUGGCAAUUUUGACACUGCCACACACAUGGCUUAUGAGACAAAUCAUAGUCUUGCCAUUUUAAUCACGUAGUUUAGAUUUCAUAGCUCCAUUACCUAAAAGGGGCCACAGGCAAGUCUAAAGCCUUCUCACUGCAUUUUGAGCUAAGUGAGAUUUUUAUCACAACUAAAUUUGAGGUUCGCUGUUGCUGAUUGUAUCAGUCAGUUGUGUUGAAAGUAUUUCUGGCUCUACCUAGAGCCAACACCUGUUAGUGUUACAUUGCAAUCUUACAAAAUUGUCCUGAAAACUUACCAGCCCAGGGACAAGUCUUCUGUCUCCUUUUUUAUUAUUUUUUUAUGAAAAAACUGAAUGAUAUUUACUUGCCCAUUACAAAAAAAAGAAAAUAAUUACCAUGCGUGUUCGAACUAAUACAGUUUUGCAAGGCUGUUGUAUUCUAACUGAAUUUGUUUGGGUUUCCCCUCUUAAAAUCAGAAUAACUGAUUAAUAUCCAAAGGCAAAGUGAGCUUUGGAAGUGUACCCCAGUGCUUUCCUCAUUUGCUCAGUGGUUCAAGGUUGGGGCACUAAACACGUUUAUAAGGGUUUCUUUCUUACCUGUCUUCAUUAUUGUGUGAAAAUAUUAACCAGAAAGUGAGUUCUGAAAAGUGCUCAUUUUUUGCCCAUCGAACAGGUACACCCUCGGCAGAAAAUUAUUUUAAUUGGCACAGAUGAAAUCUAGAGCCAAGCUGGUUUUUAAAACUAAACAAGCAACUAGGUAUCUCAAGGUAUAGGUCUCAACCUGUCAAGGGCCAAAGGGGAGAGACAAUAAAAAUAAAGGAAGAAAGCUUGAGAUGUGUUGAUUAAUUUCUUUGACAUGAAUAGUUUCCCACAAUCUGUUUUUGUGAUUCAGCAUUUCUGAUGAUGACAUCCCACUCCUGGUAUUGUAAAUCAGCAGAUGGGCGGGAUAUGGGACUAGAGGAGAGGUGUGCCAUCAGAUGAAGGGAUAACCUACUUCUGUUCGCACUGGAUUUUACUUUUAGUUUCUCCUUUUAAAGAAAAUCUCUGUGAAUAUAACUGUCAAGAUUUCAUUUAGGAAUUUGCUGACAGAAGUAGCAGAUUAAUUUAAAAUUUAAAUUACCUGGAAAGAGUUUAUUGCCUAUCCUUUUUCAGAUUAAAUGCAUUUGGUUGACUUUUUGUUCUCUAGCUAUUUAAAAUGAAUUUUGCAAUGUAAUGUGUAUACCCAAGAGAUAAUAAACUAAAAGCACUUUGGUAAAUUCAAAUUAAGCUAGUGUUUCUUAUGCAAUGUUUGACAGCCAAGUGAAUCAUUUUCCUGUUUCUAAACCACAGAGCAUUAACCAGUGCCUUUCCCUCUCUAUUAAAAACCAAGAAGAAAAUAUUACAAAAACAGAAUUAAUAAAAAGGGUAACUGAUUUUAGCCUAAUGAGACAUAUUUUUCCUAAAGAGUAUAAAAUAUGGGCAUCAAAGGUGCUAGAAUGAAGACUGUCAAUUUAAUUUUGUAGCCACCUUUCAAGUAUAAAAUUAUUACUCACAACUAAUCAGCACAAUUUCUGUAUAUUUGAUGGGUGCUAUUAAAUAAGUGUGUCUAAGUCCUUCCCAUGUAAAUUAUGUCUGCAAAAAAAGAAAAUGAGAACUCGUGGUGUAUCCAGUUUGAAAAGGGCCCGUGAAAGUUUGAACAUUGUUAU